AUGGGAGCCAGCAGGAGACUGAUGAAGGAGCUUGAAGAGAUCCGCAAAUAUGGAAUAAAAAACUUCCGUAACAUCCAGGUUGACGACGCUAAUUUAUGGACUUGGCAAGGGCUUGUUGUUCCUGACAACCCUCCAUAUGGUAAGGGGGCCUUUAGAAUAGGAAUCAACUUCCCAGCAGAGUAUCCAUUCAAACCACCGAAGAUCACAUUUAAAACAAAGAUCUAUCACCCAAACAUUGAGGAAAAAGGGCAAGUUUGCCUGCCAGUAAUUAGUGCUGAGAACUGGAAGCCAGUGACCAAGAUGGGCCAAGUAAUCCAGUCCCUCAUAGCACUGGUGAACGACCCCCAGCCUGAGUACACCCUCUGGGCUGACCUAGCUGAAGAACACUCUAAGGACUGUAAAAAAAAAUUUAAUUUUGAAGAGUUUACAAAGAAAUAUGGGGAAAAGUGA